AUGAGGAGGCGCAAUGAGUAUGACCAGGAAGUGGGCUUCCCAGUGGCGAACUGGAAGGGCAGACGGUUCCCUGAAAAAGUCACCAUCGCCGGUGACUACUGUGUGCUUGAGCCGCUAGAUUGCGCGAGACAUGCGGAGCAGCUUUUCGAGGCUUUCGGGAGGGAAGACGCGGGCUCCAUGUGGACAUACCUUCCCGUUGGCCCAUUCAGAGACGCGGAAGAAUUUCAAAAGCACGUUCGGUCGCUGGCAGAGUCGACGCAGGCCGUCCAUUUUGCGAUUGUCAAUAGGCGCACUGGGCGUGCAAUGGGGUCCUUCUGUUUGACCAGGAUUGACGCCGAAAACGGCGUAGCAGAAGUGGGCCUUGUUGUGUUCUCGCCGGGAAUGCAGAAAACUGUCAUGUCCACUGAGGCGCAUUACCUGUUGCUGAGACACGCUUUUGAAUCGCUGCAAUAUAGAAGGUUAGAGUGGAAAUGCGACGUGUGCAACGAGCCGUCUAAGCGGGCCGCGUUGAGACUAGGUUUCCAGCAUGAGGGCAUGUUCAGACAAACCGCGGUGUGGAAAGGUGUAAAUCGAAACCACCACUGGUUCUCGAUCAUAGAUGCGGAGUGGGAAACGUGCAGUGAGGCUUUCCGACAAUGGUUAUGCGACGCUAAUUUCGAGAAUGGCAAGCAGAAAAGAGCCCUGGUCGAUAUAAGGAACGGCUGCUAG